CUUCAGAGUCUGAGGCAAAAAUCAUGAUGCUUAGUCCUGAUCCGCCCGAGCCCGAGCUGCACUGGGGACAGACGGACUCUGAGACCCUUCUGAACACUUUGAACGCGCAUUGUGGGUCCACAUCAUGGUGCACAUCUACCAAACCCGUGGAUCGAGGGGACAAGGCGCGCUCCCUUGUGCACGCGCCCGCUCUCAGCAAGGAAGAGAAAAGGAGGAAGCGGCGCGCGACGCCUAAAUAUCGAUCAGCUCACGCCACCAGAGAGCGUGUUCGCGUUGAAGCUUUUAAUGUGGCCUUUACAGAGCUCAGAAAACUUCUCCCGACUCUCCCUCCGGACAAAAAGUUAUCCAAGAUUGAAAUUCUGAGACUUGCGAUGUGUUACAUCUCCUACCUCAAGCAAGUGCUGGAUGUGUAGGCUGGACUGAGGCAGGAGGACUGUUGAUAGUCAGCCAUGACAGGUGAAUGAUUUCUGGAAGCAAAAAUAAACAUUUGAGGAGUACUGUAAGUGCAUGGCAGGGCUAUGAAAAUUUAGUUUUCUUUUGGAAAGUUGUGGGACUAUAGGCUUAAUAUCUCCAAUGGAAAGAGGAGGUGUUCUGUCUUAAAUUGUUUUUGCUUAGUUCUGUCUCUGUCUGCUCUUCAGCUUCAUUAAACAUAGUCUCCUGGA